GGGCUUGUGAGGCGGCGAGGCUGGGGUUACUGCUGCUGGCGGCGGCGGAGGAAGCGAGCCUGCUUAACUAGCACCUAUUGUAAGCAGUGAGGGGAACUGGAGCGGGCGGCGGCGGCGGCUCCAAAAGGAUGUACGGGGGCUUCAGGAUUUAGUGUCUAGAAAGAAACAAGAGUUAGGAUUGCUGCCAUGGCCCCUAGAAAAAGGAGUGGGCGAGGGAUUUCUUUCAUCUUCUGCUGCUUCCGAAGUAACGAUCACCCGGAAAUCACGUAUCGCCUGCGGAAUGACAGCAACUUUGCCCUGCAAGCCAUGGACCCUGCAUUACCCAUGCCUCCGGUGGAGGAGCUGGAUGUUAUGUUUAGUGAACUUGUGGAUGAACUUGACCUUACGGAUAAGCAUAGAGAAGCCAUGUUUGCCCUACCAGCAGAGAAGAAAUGGCAGAUCUAUUGCAGUAAGAAAAAGGACCAAGAAGAAAAUAAAGGUGCCACAAGUUGGCCUGAGUUCUACAUUGAUCAGCUUAACUCCAUGGCUGCUAGAAAAUCAUUGAUUGCUUUGGAAAAAGAAGAUGAAGAGGAACGAAACAAAACCAUAGAGAGUUUGAAGACAGCACUAAGGACGAAACCUAUGAGGUUCGUAACCCGAUUCAUUGACCUGGAUGGCUUGUCAUGCAUUCUGAACUUCCUGAAGAGCAUGGACUAUGAGACUGCUGAAUCUCGAAUCCAUACCUCUCUCAUUGGGUGCAUCAAAGCCCUGAUGAACAACUCUCUUGGAAGAGCCCAUGUCCUGGCCCACUCAGAGAGUAUUAAUGUAAUUGCUCAGAGUCUGAGCACUGAGAACAUUAAGACCAAGGUGGCGGUGCUGGAAAUCAUGGGCGCUGUGUGCCUGGUUCCUGGGGGUCACAAAAAGGUACUAGAGGCCAUGGUGCACUACCAAAAAUAUGCCAGCGAACGGACUCGCUUUCAGACAUUAAUAAAUGAUUUGGAUAGAAGCACGGGACGAUACCGGGAUGAAGUGAGCCUCAAGACAGCCAUUAUGUCUUUUAUCAAUGCUGUUCUAAGCCAAGGGGCUGGAGUGGAAAGUCUGGACUUCAGACUCCACCUUAGAUACGAAUUCCUCAUGCUUGGAAUUCAGCCUGUAAUUGACAAAUUAAGAGAACAUGAAAAUUCCACAUUAGAUAGGCAUUUAGACUUUUUUGAAAUGCUCCGAAAUGAAGAUGAGUUAGAGUUUGCCAAAAGGUUUGAACUGGUUCAUAUAGAUACAAAAAGUGCAACCCAGAUGUUUGAGCUCACAAGAAAGAGACUGACUCAUACAGAAGCCUACCCGCAUUUUAUGUCAAUACUUCACCACUGCCUCCAAAUGCCUUAUAAGAGAAACGGCAACACCGUCCAGUACUGGUUACUGCUGGAUCGUAUUAUACAACAAAUAGUUAUUCAAAAUGAUAAAGGGCAGGACCCUGACUCAACACCCCUGGAGAACUUUAAUAUCAAAAACGUUGUCCGGAUGUUGGUUAAUGAAAAUGAAGUAAAACAAUGGAAAGAACAAGCGGAGAAAAUGAGAAGAGAACAUCAUGAGCUACAGCAGAAACUGGAAAAGAAAGAGCGAGAGUGUGAUGCCAAGACCCAGGAGAAGGAAGAGAUGAUGCAGACCUUGAAUAAGAUGAAGGAGAAGCUUGAAAAAGAACUCUCUGAGCAUAAACAAGUGAAGCAGCAAGUGGCCGACCUCAUGGCACAGAUCCAUGAGCUUAGCAGGAGAGCAAUAUGUGGUCCAGUACCUGGAGGACCCCCUCUGCCACCUGGUGCCCCUGGGGGGCCCUUACCCACAGCCUCUCUAGGAUCUCUUCUCCCAGUUCCUCCUCCACCCCCUCCUCCUGGUGGAAUCCUGCCACCCCCUCCGCCCCCACCCCCUCCUCCUGGGGGCCCUCCCCCUCCCCCAGGGCCCCCACCAGUUGGUGGCCUGACUCCAGCCCCAGGAGCCCCUUUGGGAUCAGCGCUCAAAAGGAAAAACAUCCCACAGCCCACACAUGCGCUGAAGUCCUUCAACUGGUGCAAGUUGCCUGAGAACAAGCUGGAAGGCACUGUGUGGACUGGCGUUGAUGAUGCCAAGGUAUUUAAGGUGCUAGAUCUUGAAGACCUCGAAAGAACGUUCUCUGCUUACCAAAGGCAACAGGACUUCUUUGUGAACAAUAACUCCAGACAGAAAGAAGACUCCCUUGAUGACACACUGAGUUCCAGGCAUAAAGUCAAGGAGCUUUCAGUAAUAGAUGGUCGGAGAGCUCAGAACUGCAAUAUUCUGCUCUCAAGACUUAAACUAUCAAAUGAUGAAAUUAAACGUGCAAUUUUAACAAUGGAUGAACAGGAGGACCUGCCAAAGGACAUGCUUGAACAGCUUUUAAAAUUUGUUCCUGAAAAAGCUGACACUGAUCUUCUGGAAGAACACAAGCAUGAGUUGGAUCGGAUGGCCAAGGCUGACAGAUUUCUCUUUGAAAUGAGCAGGAUAAAUCAUUACCAGCAAAGGCUGCAGUCCUUGUAUUUUAAGAAGAAGUUUGCUGAGAGAGUUGCUGAAGUUAAACCAAAAGUUGAUGCCAUUCGAACUGCUUCUAUCCAAGUAUUCCAGAGCAAAAGCCUGAAGCAGCUGCUGGAAGUGGUUUUGGCUUUUGGCAACUACAUGAACAAGGGCCAGAGAGGGAAUGCUUAUGGCUUUAAAAUUUCUAGCCUGAACAAGAUUGCAGAUACCAAAUCCAGCAUUGACAAGAACAUUACCUUGUUGCACUAUCUCAUCACAAUCAUAGACAAAAAAUAUCCCAAAGUAUUCAGUCUACAUGAAGAAUUAAAAGAUGUCCCUGAGGCUGCCAAAGUAAAUAUGACUGAACUGGAGAAGGAAGUUGGCAACUUGAGGAGUGGGCUCAGAGCUGUGGAGACCGAACUGGAAUACCAAAAAUCCCACCCCUCCAGUCCAGAAGACAAGUUUGUUUCUGUUGUUAGCCAAUUCAUCACUUUGGCCAGCUUCAGCUUCUCAGAUGUAGAAGAUCUUCUGGCAGAAGCCAAAGAACUGUUUAUCAAGGCAGUGAAGCAUUUUGGAGAGGAUUCUGGAAAAACACAGCCAGAUGAGUUCUUUGGAAUCUUUGACCAGUUCCUUCAAGCUGUAAAUGAGGCUAAACAAGAGAAUGAAAACAUGAGGAAGAGAAAGGAAGAAGAAGAGCGACGGGCACGCAUGGAAGCUCAGCUCAAGGAGCAGCGAGAGAGGGAGCGCAAGGCUAGGAAGGCAAAAGAAAACAGUGAAGAAGGUGGGGAGUUUGAUGACCUCGUCUCUGCUUUAAGGUCUGGAGAAGUCUUUGACAAAGACCUUUCUAAACUGAAGCGCAAUCGCAAACGCAUCACAAAUCAGCUGGCAGACGGGAGUCGUGAGAGACCCAUCACAAAACUCAACUUUUGAACUUUCGUCUUCACUUUUUUAGUGUGUUAGAAAGAAAAAAAAACCUGACUAAUAAUCUGGUAAAGCCCGGUCUUUUUUGCCUUCUGCCUUGGUGGUCACACAGUGGCAUCCUCCCUCUCCCAUCCUGCAUGUAUGUGUGAGCGGGUGUUAAUGGAAGCAUGUGUGUAUAUGUGCUGUAUAUACAAAUCUAUUCGGGUGGAUGGAGACCAAAAGGGGGUGUGUAUGCGUGGACACACUUGUAAGCACGCAUGAUCACUACUGCUUGAACGAAUGUUCCCUUUUCUAUCGAUUAUAGUGGCAUUCCACAAGUAGCUUCUCCAUUGUAAAAGCACAAACGUUGGAGAGGGAGACUGAUAAGAGGCAAAAACACCUAGGGGGAAAUGAGGGGGCCUGAACAGUAAUGUUCACUUCAGCUUGUUGGGGUCCUUGAUGCCAAGAUUGAGGGGUAAACAGGAAGAGAAUCAUGUGGGAUGACCAUUAAGUCACCUGAGAGCAUCUUGACUUGGAUGGACCGACCUUGACUGACUCAUCAUUGCUGGGACUACAGUGGCAAAAGUCCAUUAGAAGCUCCUCUUGUUCAGCCUGAACUGUAUUGCUGGGAAAAGUCUAUCUUCUCUUUCUGUUAUUACUUAAAACUUGAACAUCCCUUGUGAUUCUUGUGCUGGCUCCCUUUAUUCCAUAAUCUCUUUUUUCAUUCUUUCCCAGCAUUUUUGGACUCCUGGGGGAGCUUUUUAUUACUGUAAUAAUGCACCUAUAGAAUUGAUUUGUUUUCUUAUUGAAGACCAGUGGGGAAUUGGGGAGGGGGGUGCUCUCUCUUUUUGAAAAAAAAAUGGAUCCAAGAGCCUAUGUGUUCAUUCUGUUUUGUUUUGAUUCCCUGUCCAACAAGACAAACAAUAUUCUCUGUAAAUGUAGGUCAGAAUUUACUCUGGGCCAGUUCCAUUUUGUAAGAGUUGUCUAAUCCACAGUGAUUCCAGAAGAGCCUUGGGGGGUUGGGGAGGUAAACCUGCAGAUAUUGGGCACUACCUGGAAUCUCCACGCCUGCCCACUCAAGUCUUCAGAGCUGGGCUUUUGGUCACACAUUGCCAGGAACAGACCAAGUGAAUGUAGUGCCUCCUUUUUUUACAGUUUAGCUGAGGACUAUUGCCAUAAAAAUAAACGUGGCUCUUACUAAGCAGCGAGUUUAAUGUCAUCUCCUGAAGCUCCUACAGCCUUGGGUUGGUUGGCAGCACACAGAGGGCUUUGUUUGAAGAACAAGCAUAUGUAGAACUCAUUUCAAAGUUUGCUCUUUGUCACAAAGGGAACAGCUUUGGUAAAAGGCUUUGCUAAAGCCCAGAGUUGAGGAGAGAGAUUUAGGGACCAAAAACGUAUAAAGCAGAGCAGCAGGAAAUGCCACCCCCUUCCAAUUACAUUGCUAUUCAUGUUUGUUCCUGCAGAAGUGUUAAGCAGAGCUACCUAUAAAGAUGUCAGUCCAAAAUCUAAAAAAACAAAAAAACACCAGAUUGCUCAGGGAGUAAUUAAUAAUUUAAAAACAAUAGUAAUACAAAGAAAUUGGAAAAAUGUUUUUGAAAUGCCAAUUUUUAUAGCAUGACUUAAUCUUAAAUUAUAGAGAAUAUCGAAGACUGUUACUUUUUGCUUUUUUUCUCUCUUUUAUUUAUUUGUGGGAUUUCUCUUAAGUAGCUUUUUUACCAUCCUCAUAUUGUUACCUGAAACUGAACAGGGAUUUUUUAAUUUUAUUUUAAUUUUUUUUUUUUUGGUCCUCCUUGCACUAGAUAGUUAAUGCUGUUUGAAACUUUUGGGGGGUGGGAGGGACUAGUAAAAGAUGCUAACUGGUUGGGGAAUUGGAAUAGCACUUUUCCUCAUGUGAACUGUAAAGCAAAUGUGUGGUUUUGUAUAAAAACUGGUUUGUACAAAAUACAGUUCUUGUUGCAGGGAUUCCCAGAUCCUUUUGCAAUCUGAAAGCUGUGAAGAUCACACCACAGAGAGCUGUCAGAGAGAUCUGUUUGUGCGUGCGUGAGUGUGUGUGUAGGCACGUGCAUGUUUUUUUUUUAUUUUUGAAAUGUCAUUUUUCUUAACUGCAGCCUUUUUCAAUAAACUGUACAUGUGGAUGGCUCGUCAGAUACCUUGUCAAACAGUAAGAAUGAGAAUGCUGAUCAUCUGAGUCCUUGCAGAGAGCAGAUGAGCAAAAACAACACUUUGCUCCAAUAGAAAGCAACCAAGAUGGUUAUAACUGUUACUUAAACUAAAGUGCCUCUCUUUUAUAUGUAUAUAUUUUAUUUAUAGAUGGAAAAAAUUGGGUUGGAUAUGAUUUUAGGGUGUUGAUGCUGAGAAAGAGCUCAGAUGGAUCAGAAGAUUGCAUUAAAAUGAAAGGUGAAUAAAGACAAAGCCAGCAUAACUUGAAUAUGAAAAGAGCAGAAAGGUGCUGUAACAUGCAACGUUCAGUCAUGUCAUGAAGACCUGCCCUGCAGUCCAGUAGGCAUUUAAGCAUUCAGCAGCUUUCUAUGACUAUAGAAAGAGUCUUGCUGAAAAGUGAGUACCUUUAUUUCCAUCCCCCACCCCCACCCCCCAGGAUAGGUUCACCUUCCCAUCCGGAAGCCAUUUGCAUGGAAUAGACAAAAUGCAACCUGUAGGACUGCCAUGUGUCCCAGCAGGGACUUCUCUGGUGACCUAGGGCACCCUGCAGAUAUGCAUUGUGCAGAUUAACACUGCUGUGCCAAUGCUUUGAUUUUCCAGCGGAGCCAUCCAGAAAUAAUGCUGCAAGCUGGAAAACUAUUUGGAUAAUUCUUCUGUCACUUUUUCAGCAGGGAUGCUUGUGUGCAUGUAUUACUGUAUAUAUCCACACAUUUGUUUUUGGAGGGUCUCCAUCACCUCACCUUGUUUAAUCAUUCUACUAUAAAUGAGAUGGGACUAGUCAGAAGGAGAAAGUGACAUUCAGUGCAAAUUAAAGUGAAAGCCCUUAAAGAGAUUGAGCAAUUUCAGUUCAAGGACUUGAAAACACUGUAAUACUCACUGCUGAUCUGUUCAGAACCAGCCAAAGGAAACACAAGGUUUUCAUUUGGAUCCAGAAUAAAUCUGGGUUCGUUAGUGAAGCACAUCACUUGUUGGAUCUCCCCCCCCCAAAAAAAAGUCCUCUGGCAGUGCAUCAAGUAUCAGACAGACAGCUUGAUCUUGACUGAUUUGUGUUGUGCUGUUCGCAAUGUUAAAAAGUGUUCAAGGGGAAGUUUGUUGCUGUUUUGCAGGAUGGAUUGAUGGAUCUCCCUGGAUUUCUAGCAAUCUGUACUGCACAGAUUACAAGCCAAAGGAAGCAGGGCACUGGUGAAAACCAUUUCUUGUGCUUCCAAAUCAAACUUGAUCUGCAACUAGCCUUAUUUUGGGGGCUGCGUUUGCAAUUCUUUGUGCUUGGAUGAGAGGGUUUUUUGUUCUUGUUUGUUUUCUUAAAUAAAUGUACAGGUGAAUCCCAUGUGCCAUUUGUUGCAAAUUACAUUUUUGACUGGUGCUGGUGGAAGUAGCCACUCUAUUUUUGUUAUAAUUUUCCUCUUUGCAUUGCUCCUGGGUGUGUAAUUUAGAACAAAAUCAUGCCAAAAAAAGAGAGAGAGAAAAAAAAGUGAUAGUUUGUAAACUGAAAUAAUACUAUGUAGCUUAGGGGUAGCAAACCAUGUAGUGGUUCUUAGAUACAAGGAUGUUUUUAGCUAGCAGGAAAUGAUGUGUUAUGUUACAAGACUGUAAAUUUUUUUAAAGAAAAAAAAACAGCAAUAUGCAAUAAAGAGUAUACAUACAAA